GGGGGCGGAGACUGGGGCCCGAGACUGGAGCCGGGACUGGGGUCCUCAGAGGCACCUGGCUCAGGUCCCAGGCUGCGAGCGACCAGGUGACCCUGUUCGCAGCAGCCAUGUCUGAGGAUGAGGCCUCUCAGGCCCCCCAACCCAACUUGUGUGAGCAGGACCAGCAGAGCGUGGUGCAGCGGGUGGCGGCACUGCCCCUGGUCAGGAGCACCUGCACAGCCAUCUCUGGGGCCUACAGCGCCGCCAAGGACAGGCACCCGCUGCUGGGCUCCGCCUGCCGCCUGGCCGAGCACUGCCUGGGGGGCCUCACCAGCCAGGCCCUGGGCCGCGCGCAGCCACUGCUGGACCGCCUGCAGCCUCAGCUGGCCACAGUGAAUGACCUCGCCUGCAGGGGCCUGGACAAAGUGGAGGAGAAGCUGCCCCUUCUCCAGCAGCCUUCAGACGCGGUGGUGACCUCGGCCAAGGACGCGGUGGCUCGUAGUGUCACAGGCGUGGUGGACCUGGCCUGGCGGAGCCGCCGCUGGAGUGUGGAGCUGAAGCGCUCUGUGAGCCACGCCCUGGACACUGUGCUGGACAAGUCCGAGGAGCUGGUGGACCACUUCCUGCCCAUGUCGGAGGAGGAGCUGGCGGCGCUGGCAGCUGAGGCCCAGAGCCCAGAGGUGGGCUCCGUGGAGGACCAGAGGAGGCAGCAGGGCUACUUCGUGCGUCUGGGCUCCCUGUCGGCGAAGAUCCGCCACCUGGCCUACGAGCACUCCCUGGGGAAACUGAGGCAGAGCCGACUCCGGGCCCAGGACGCCCUGGGCCAGCUGCAGGAGGCCCUGGAGCUGAUCCACCGAUCGCAGAGCGGGGCCGGCCCCUCCCCUGCAGCCCAGCCUGGGAAGGACCAGCGUCCCCUGGAGAAUGGACGCAGGCGCAGCCAGGCGGAGCUGGAGACCCUGGUGCUGUCGCGCAGCCUGACCCUGGAGCUCCGGAGCACGGUGGAGGCGCUCGAGGCCAGCGUGCGGGGCCUGCCCGCCGGCGCCCAGGCGAAGGUGGCGGAGGUGCGGCGCAGCGUGGACGCCCUGCAGGCCGCCUUCGCCGACGCCCGCUCCUUUGGGGACGUGCCAGCGGCCGCGCUGGCCGAGGGUCGGGGCCGCGUGGCCAGGGCUCACGCCUGCGUGGACGAGCUGCUGGAGCUGGUGGUGCAGACCGUGCCGCUGCCCUGGCUCGUGGGGCCCUUCGCGCCCAUCCUCAUGGAGCGGUCCGAGCCCCUGCUUGGCCUGGAGGACUGGGUGGACGAGGUGGUGGGCGACCCCGACCCGCGCUGGGCGCACAUGGACUGGCCAGCCCAGCAGAGGGCCUGGCAGGCCGAGCACGGCGACGGGACGGGCCUCCCCGGGGGCGCCAGCGUGGAGGAGCCCGAGGCCCCCCGGCGCCAGGUCAAGCACACGCUGAUGCCGGAGCUGGACUUCUAGCCCAGGGCGGGGCCGGCCUCUGCUGCCCCCUGGUGGCCAGCGCUCGCGCCAACGGCCUGGCCCGGCCUGGGCGUGGCUGGGACCUUUGACAGGCACCUUCCUUCAGGUCCGGCCCUCCCACUUUUCCUGGACAUUGGGGAUCUCGGCCUAGGCAGGGGCGUGGCCGCAAAGCCUCUCAGGCCAUCCUCAGCUCUUUACCGCCCUGUCCUGCCCCAGCCCCCAGGGCUGCUCAGAAUCCCCUGGGAAGGACACGUUCUGCCCAGUGGUGUCCUCAAGGCUUUGGAAGGGAGCCUCUGUCCUCCAGACUGGUCAUCCCACACUGAGGGGUCUCCAGAGAUGCCAGCUGGGCCUGCUCAGCCCACCAGAGCCAGGUGCUUUGUCGUUUGCUCUCCAGAAUAAAGACGCUUCGCGUUGUCCAAGG